ACCUCGCCCUUCACUUACAAUCGCUCGGCCCCAAAUCGACGAUCGGCCUCGUCUACCGGUACCCUAUCCAUGCAUUGAAUCGCGGAAAGUUUUUCGGGCGAGAGGGUGGGGAUUCCGUUACUGGUAUCAUUAUCCCCUGCUCUAGUUUCUGAGAUCUGCGUCCUCCACGGCCGCGCCGUUGCACAGCGUGGUGGUGGUGGUGAACGCCAUCGGUUUCCCGAACAGCGAAGCGUGAACUGUCCAAUGGAGUCUGGGUUUGCUCACAGGCCGUCCUUGCAUAAGGCCAGUGAGCAGGGCGCGGACUGAUUCUCCUCUUUUUUUCUUGCUAGGGGGUGUGGUGCUGAUUUGAUGCCAAACCAACUACAUUUUCGGUUUGUUCCUUGUUUGUCUGCCUUCUGUUUUUUUUGGCCCUGCUUAGAAAUUACAACUCCCAGGGGUAUGGUGUCAACCCUGGGUACAGAGAGAGCUCAUGGCAUUAAUCUCCCGUUAGCCUACGGAGCUGGAAGGGAGUAUGAUACUCGCAAGAGGUUCGCGGGGUAUGGGGGCGGAUAACCUCGGCCCGAACCGUGCACGGCCAACCAAGGGUUUGCUUUUUUAGUCAGUGAAUCGAGGCGUAUGUUUGAACUUCAAGCCACCCUCCGAUUUCCCCUCUUUCUUUUCUUUUAUCCCAUCGUCACUAAGAUUACCUGUGCCGGUAAUUUCGAGGUGUUUUUAAAGGAGACUGCUACUGCAUACAUGUGCAGUGCCACUAAAACCCGGGCCUUUUUUUCCUGGAUCUGAGUGGUGCAAUAGGGACUUUGCGAAAAGACUCUGGAUGUGGGUCAAACAGGGUUCUGGGCCAAUUAGAUCGCUAGAAUUUGACUCUGGAUGCGAAAUCGCAAAGUCUCUAAUAACGGUUCGACACUACUCGAGUACGAGUAGUUUACUGACAUGAGCGCUGGUACCGGUAUUGGAUUUGUCAUAUCCUGCCCUCCAUCUUCAAUUCCAACUUCCUAAUUCACGAGUUUUGCUCUGGAUCCUUGGCAUGUUCCUCGAAAAACUUUAAUCAACUUUCUUUUGGUUAGCGUUGGAGGAAUGCUUCGGUUUAACUGCCUGUGCUAAGUCCGAAUAGACUUUGGGAUGACUCCCGGAUGACUUAACAAACGGGUUAUCAUCCGAGUCCGACCACUCGAUUUAGAUGAGUCUAAAUUCCAACGUGGGAAAAUACUCGGGUACUCGUAUUGUCGGAGCGCUUUUGAGAAGAGCUGCUCUGCGUUCCACCCAUAUCCACCCAAAAGGGCCAAUUUUUGGUGAUAUGCAAUAGCAGUCCUUUUUAAAAACACCGAGACAUUACAAGUAUUCUAUCCCGGGGUUCUUACAGAAAAGUUUAAAACUGCCGUGCUUCGGCACUGGCGCCUGAUAGAGAAAGAUGGUGCUGAAGUUGGAAAUAACUGCUGGUAUCAUAUUACUCCCCGCUUCGACUCUCCCUUUCCCUCUAUCAAAAAAAACGGGGAUCGCCAAGUGACAUUUUGGCAACAUACAGUAUUAUGAUAGACUUGUCUCUGGAUAACCCAGCAGAGGAUCUCAGGGAUAUGAUAGGUUCAAAAAAACAUGGUCAUAUCUCCGCUGUAGCCUGUUUGCUCUAGGCUUUCACAAUUGACGCUAGGAAGGUGGGUUCGGCGGCAUCAAAGGGGGGGGGGCAAAAAAAAAAAAUAGACCUUCGGUGGAAAUAAGGGAAGCUAGUGAGAGGAGCCUGCCCUAUGUGCCGCUUACCCGGGAGCUCUUCCAUACAUAAAUCGAUUAGCCAUCCGCUCCUGUCUCAUGCCUUUGACCUGCAAAGCAUCCGUUGAUCAAAAAGAUGGCAGACCCGGGUCUCGAAAGAACUAUUUCCACACGAACAUUCCAUGGUGAGGAAGCUUGGGCAACCGAUUACUCGGAACCUCUGCCCGUGGAGGCCAUGCAAAUAGGAGGGAUUGUUGAACAGGAUAAACAUGUUAUUUAUUGGGAGCCAGGUGAUCCUGAAAAUCCUCACAAUUGGUCAAGUGCAUGUGUUUUCUUGAAAUCCCUUUGCUCUACUGAUAUGUGCGACUAACGAUACUAGGGUAAGAAAUGGAUUGCCUCUAUAGUUGGUAUAAUAACAGUUUCAAACUCAACAUUUGCAUCAUCGCUCCCUUCCGGUGCUGCGUCGUACAUAAGGAAGGAUUUAGAUAUUACCAGCCCGGAAAUCACUUCUUUGACCAUUUCGAUUUUUCUGAUUGGCUAUGUUGUUGGUCCCAUAUUCUUCGCCCCAGUCAGUGAAUUCUAUGGCCGGCGGUGGGUGUCCAUUAUUGCGUUCUCUUGGUACACUGCCAUGAGUAUUGGUUGCGCCCUUGCGCCGAAUAUUGGUGCGCUACUGGCAUUUCGGUUUCUGACGGGUAUUGGGGCGAGUGCUCCCUUAAGCGUCGCUGUUGCCCAAUUGGCGGAUCUUUGGGAUGACCCCGUUAAGCGGGGGAGACGUACAUCACCGUUUUCUUCCAUAUUAUCAUCUGCAGGAUACUGACUCGGGGAAAACAUAGUGGUGGCUGUAUUUUGUGCCUGCACAAUGAUAGGGCCAACUCUCGCGCCGUUCAUCAGUGGCUACAUUUCAGGGACGGAACUAGGUUGGAGGAUGGUAUUUUGGGUCGGCGUCAUAACAGCUGCAAUAUCCUUCAUCCCUCUAAUAUUAUUCUGCCCAGAAACCUAUGCUCCUAUUAUCCUCCUCCGCCGUGCCCGGAAGAUUCGCGCAGAGGGCGAUAUACACGCAGUGGCGCAACUCGAACUCGACGGGCGCAGCCUAAAAAGUAUCUUUGCCACCACCCUAACAAGGCCCUUCCGCAUGUUCUGGCAAGAGAGCAUCGUCUUCUUCACCAGUAUAUUCCUAAGCCUCCUCUACGGCACAUUCUACCUCUCCUUCCAAUCCUUCCCAAUGAUCUACCAAGACAUCUAUGGCUUCUCGCCUGGUACUGCUGGCCUCUUCUUCCUUCCCCUAGCGGUGGGAGCCGUCCUCGCCUGCGCGGCGGGUAUAUGCUGGGACUCUUACUGUCACCGGAAACAAAAGCAAAACCCCAGCGUGCUCUUAUCCCCCGAAUUCCACCGGCUUCCCAUUGGCGUCCUCGGUGGCCUGGCGUACUCCCUGGGCCUCUUCUGGCAAGCGUGGACCGCGCGUCCAGGUGUUCACUAUAUUGUCCCUGCCCUCUCGGGCAUCCCUUUCGGGUUCGGCUUCUGCACCGUUUUCCUGGCGUGUAUGAAUUACCUCACCGACGCCUAUGAGAUCUAUGCUGCGAGCGCUAUGGCCGCAGCGAGUAUGUGUCGGUCACUCCUCGGUGCGGCGUUCCCACUGUUCUCCAGGAUUAUGUAUGACCGGUUGACGAUCCCAUGGGCAUCGAGCCUUUUGGCGUUCGCGGGAUUGGGGAUGUCAUUUAUCCCGAUUUUGUUUAUUCGAUAUGGUUAAUUUUCUCCUCCCCCUUGUCUAUCUAACUUAUAGUGGGUAUAGUGGGCUGAUUGCUGCUCGAACAGGGGAGAAAAUCCGCGCUCGAUCAAAGUUUUGUCAAUUCCUACUAGAGCGGAAGAGGAACCAACUUGAGGAGGAAAAAGUUCGCGAGGCUUCCAGAGCGGCAUCGAGGGCUCCGUCCUUCAAGGAGUUGGCUUUGGAGAAGCAGCCUGUCUAGCUGUCUAUCAUUUUCACUUCCUUCCUUCCCUCCACCCUUACAGUAUCGUUCACGUUUUGAUUAUUUCCAUUCCUUGUGAUCUGCAUCGCUUCUCCCACUCACGGUAUUUGGCGCUCGGGUUGGUCCUAUUUCCAGAAUAUCAUAUGCAUGACGGCAUAGCUUAACUUAAAUGGGGGGGGUUUUGGGUUUAGUGAAAAGUCGGGAUUGUUUAUUAUUGUUAUCAUCAUCACCAACGCAUGCAUGCAAUUAUUUACGCUAUAUCAUGGUAUACGUUACAGGUAGAGGCUUAUGUUCUCGUGAACACGUCAGAAAUACCGCGGGAAUUCCUCUACUGCAUUCUUUUCUUUCUUUCUUUGUUUUUUUUUUUUCCAUGCUGCUAAUAGUUAUAGCUGUGACGACAAUAAUAAUAAAAGAUAAUUAUAUAUUUGAACAGUGGUGUGUUUGGCGCGCCACAAAUACCACAGUUCUAUUAUCAUGAUAACGAAUUAGACAAGCUUUUCCGGUCAAUCAAUCCCAUACAGAGAGUUAAAUUCCCUCAGCCGCCAACCGCACAAGGAUAGAAAUUAUUGGCAGAAGCGGGAAUGGAAGAUUCCAAAGGGAGAGAGAUUACAGGCAACCGCCGAACAACCGCGUCUCGGGACAAAUUUCCACUUCCAGGAGCGAAAUAGCCGAAUAUUUUCCAAACCGGCAGGUGCCGAACAAGGCUGCCUUCUGAAAAUUUCCAGAGGGUCCAGUACCGUGGAUGAAAUGCACGGAAUAUCACUCGAGUCUUAGGUUCUGUGAAACCCGUACUGGGAUGGCGAACAUAUCAUACCCGAGCACAGCACUAGUCCUAGGCCAUAGCGUACCUGAAAACAGGGAUCGAAGAAAGGCCAAUACGAGUACCGGUAAUAUCUGAGUCACCGUACAAAACAAAAUAUCCUUGUAUUAUACCCCCCCCUGUUUCCAGGUCCUGUACCUGCGGCCCGG